AUGGCCGAUUACUCGCACUACGAAUCCCUCGCCAAGAACUGGAUCGGCAGCAUCACCAAGCAGCCCGUCAACGACUUCGAAGCCGAUCUCAAGAGCGGCGUCGUCCUCUGCAACCUUGUCAAUGGCAUUCGCCCCAACACCAUCCUCAAGAUCAACACCUACAACGCCGCCUACCGUCAAAUGGAAAACAUCGACAACUUCCUGAAGGUUGUGGAGAAGCUGGGCGUGCCCGCCGGCGACAAGUUCCAGACUGAGGAUCUCUUCUACGGCAACAACAUCGCCAAGGUGGUCCUCACCGUCCUCUCGUUCGCCAACGCCAUCCAGGGCCAGUUCAGCGCCCCCGCCGUUGACACCUCCGGACUGGACAACCUGAGGCAGAUCGCUUCGUCGGCUCAGAAGGAGGGUCGCCAGAGGGAGAAGACCAGCGGUCUCUCGCUCCUCGAGGAGGGUGCCAAGAAGGCGCAGGUGCAGGCCUCGGCGGCGUCGAGGACUGCCGACAAGCUCAUCCAGAGCCGCGAGAAGUCGGUCGACACCUCGGGUUCGCUGGGCCUGAUCGAGAGCGGCCAGAAGGAGAAGCAGGCCAUGAUCUCUGAUGCCAAGCGCUCGGGCACCGACAACAUCAUCAUGAGCAGGGAGAAGGCUCAGGCCACCGCCGAGCUGGGCUUCAUCGAUUCGCAGCACAAGGGCCACCAGGCCAUGAUCUCCGACGCCAAGCGCUCUGGCACCGACAACAUCAUCAUGAGCAGGGAGAAGGCUCAGGCCACCGCCGAGCUGGGCUUCAUCGACUCGCAGCACAAGGGCCACCAGGCCAUGAUCUCCGAUGCCAAGCGCGCCGCCACCGACUCGAUCAUCAAGAGCACUGAGAAGGCCCAGGCCAGCGCCGAGCUCGGCCUGAUCGAGAGCGGCCAGGUCCAGAAGCAGCAGAUGAUCUCCGACGCCAAGCGUUCGGGCACCGACAACAUCAUCAUGAGCAGGGAGAAGGCUCAGGCCACCGCCGACCUCGGCUUCAUCGACUCGCAGCACAAGGAGCACCAGCAGAUGAUCUCCGACGCCAAGCGCUCGGGCACCGACAACAUCAUCAAGAGCAGGGAGCAGGCCCAGGCCACCGCCGAGCUGGGCUUCAUCGAUUCGCAGCACAAGGAGCACCAGCAGAUGAUCUCCGAUGCCAAGAGGCCCGGCACCGACAACAUCAUCAAGAGCAGGGAGCAGGCUCAGGCCACCGCCGAGCUGGGUUUCAUCGACUCGCAGCACAAGGAUCACCAGGCCAACAUCUCCGACGCCAAGAAGACCCAGCUCGACCAGAUCGUCAGGCAGCCCGUCGGCGGCGGCGGCGACGACUCUGUCAACCUCUAA